AUGGCGGCGAAGGUGACGGUGGAGGAGGUGAGGAAGGCGCAGCGCGCGGAGGGCCCGGCGACGGUGCUGGCCAUCGGAACAGUGACGCCGCCGAACUGCGUGUACCAGGCCGACUACCCGGACUACUACUUCCGGGUCACCAAGAGCGAGCACCUGACCGACCUCAAGGAAAAAUUCAACAGGAUAUGCCGCAAGUCGAUGGUCCAGAAGCGCUACAUGCACUUGACGGAGGACAUCCUGCAGGAGAACCCUAACAUGGCCUCGUACUCGGCGCCAUCCCUAAACGCACGGCAGGAUAUCCUGGUGGACGAGGUGCCAAAACUGGGUGCCGCGGCGGCAGAGAAGGCGCUCAAGGAGUGGGGCCAGCCGCGGUCUCAAAUCACGCACAUCAUCUUCUGCACCACCUCGGGCGUGGACAUGCCCGGCGCCGACUCCCGGCUCAUCAAGCUCCUCGGCCUGAGCCCCUCCGUGAAGCGAGUCAUGCUGUACCACCAGGGCUGCUUCGCCGGAGGGAUGGUGCUCCGAAUCGCCAAGGACCUCGCGGAGAACAACCGCGGUGCCAGGGUGCUCAUCGUGUGCUCUGAGAUCACCGUGGUAACGUUCCGUGGCCCCUCCGAGUCUCACCUCGACUCGCUCGUCGGCCAGGCUCUGUUCGGCGACGGCGCGGCGGCGGUGGUCGUGGGCGCAGACCCGAAUGAGCUUGUAGAGCGGCCAUUGUUUCAGCUGGUAUCGGCGGGGGAGACCAUCCUGCCGGACUCGGACGGCGCCAUCGAGGGCCACCUCCGUGAGGUUGGGCUCACCUUCCACCUCCAGGAAAGGGUUCCGGAGCUCAUCUCCACCAACAUCGAGCGCCUGCUGGAGGAGGCUUUCAAGCCGCUAGGCAUAUCGGACUGGAACUCCAUCUUCUGGGUGGCGCACCCUGGCGGCCCGGCCAUACUGAACAUGGUCGAGGCCAAGGCUGGCAUCGACAAGGCCAGGCUCCGUGCCACCCGCCACGUCCUGGCUGAGUAUGGCAACAUGUCGAGCGCCUGCGUGCUCUUCAUCCUCGACGAGAUGAGGAAGUUCUCCGCCGAGGACGGACGAGCUACGACCGGCGAGGGUAUGGACUGGGGUGUCCUCUUUGGCUUCGGCCCCGGCCUCACGGUCGAGACCCUCGUUCUCCACAGCGUCCCCAUCCCUACUGGGCAUUCUGCGUAA